UUGACCUUCCAGCUGAACAGUGAGAACAGGAAGCUGAAGUACCUGAGCCUGUCGUCUCGGCCUUGUCUGGACGAGCUGCUUCCCAGCAUCUCUGACUGCAUCGUGCUGGAGGCCGACGUGGACGGUCCGGACGCUCCGGACGCUCCGGAUGCUCCGGAUGCUCCGGACGCUGCCGACAGGAGCCCGGACACUUUCACACAGUACCAGCAGCAGGUUAAAGAGCUGAGAGAGACAGUGAACAGUUUGUUGGAGGAGAAGAAAAACUUCGUCUGUCAGAUUCACGAACAGCAGCGACGGAUAGAAGAGCUGACGGCUCAGUCAGAGAAGGAUCAGACGGAGAUGAAGCAGCUUCACGAAACGGUCGAGGAGCAAAAUAAAACCAUCAAGAGAUUUAACAGAGUUUCCAUGAUGGCGGCUCAGGAGUACGACGGCAUGAAGGAGCAGCUGGAUCUGGAGCAGAACCUCAGAGUCAAAGCUGAGACGUACGCACAUGAGAUGCUGGUGAAGCAGAAGGAAGCGAACAGGCAGAGCAUGCUGCUGCUGCAGAGCGCUGAGCCCAGCAUUCAGCUCCUCAAAGCUCUGGAGGACGUCGCCUCCAUCACCAAGACCCUGGAGGAGGAACGUCUGCAGCAUCAGCAGAAGGUUCAGAGUCUGGAGGCUCAGCUGGAGCAGAGCUGCCUGAAGAAGCAGCUGGAGGCUCUGCAGAGGCAGCUGGAGCUGCUGGAGGUGGAGAAGAAGGAGGUGGAGGGACGACUGGAGCGGGCGGAGAAGAAGAACGAGGAGCUGGAGAACAGAGUCUCCGAGCUGCAGGAGACCCAGAAAACGGUCGCCGUGACGACCAGCACCAGCCCCCCUCCUCCUCCUGCACCGGGGGUCGCCCCGCCCCCGGCCCCUCCCCCGCAGCCGCCUCCCCCUCCUCCUCCGCCGCCUCCCCCUCCUCCGCCGCCUCCCCCCUCCAGAUGCAACCCCCUCAGUUCUCUCAUCGCCAUCAUGAGAAAAUCCUCCAAAGGAUCCAAAGUCUCGGUGAAGUCGGAGCAGCCGCCAGCUGCCGAGGGCGUGGACGACGUGAAGGUGAAGGCGGUGAACGAGAUGAUGGAGCGGAUCAAACAUGGCGUCGUCCUGCGGCCCGUGAAGAGUCAGGACACUAAGAGAGUCGCAGUAAAACCUCCUCCUGUUGUGGUUGAGGAGAAACCACAGGAAAGCGCCAUGGAGGAGCUGAAAGGAAUCCUGGAGACGGUGAAGAGGAGCCCCAGCCGAGGGUCCCAGGAGUCGGGCCCGUCCCCCCCAGGGAAGAAGGACAGCGAGCUGGAGGUCAUCCUGAGACGAAGACGCAACAAGGCCGGAGAGGCUGGAUCUGGAGACGAAGGCCAGAUGAGCCACGUCUCGUCCUCCGACAGCCUGAACGGAGGACGCACCAGCAGCGAGUCGGGGAAGGAGGCGGAGGGACCGGGGGCGCUGAGCGUCCCCCCGGAGCCGGCGGGGACCAGGCCGAGUCCAGAGAGACGGGGGUCGGGACCGCCGGUCGUGGCCAGGAGGAAGAGCUCGGACACGGGCAGAGAGAGGAGGUCCAUCACCUCCCUGACGGAGAAGGAAACGGCCGAGUCUCCGGUCAACGGCUGCAUCAACAGCGUCCAGGAGGAGAAUCAGAUCAAGUCCAACGGAGUCGACCACGUGGCGCCCCCCCAGGCUCCGCCCCCUCAGGCCCCGCCCCUCGCCACCGUCUGUCCCGAGCCGGUGAACGGCAGCACAGACUCCGAGUGUUAGGGGCCGACUCCGAUCAUUAGCGGAGCGACGACGACGACGCCUUUGCCUUUUUGUUCACUGGGUCCGAACCAGAAACGGGAAGUUGACUUUGUUACUUUUGUAUUUUACGUUUCUCAAGAUUUUUACACUAACCGUAGAGCCUGCAACCGAGACGUACAACUAUCACAGUAGUAGCUGAUUUAAUGGACUUCCUGAAACUUUCAACUACACACAUGAAGAAAAACUAAAAUAAUGUAGAAACCUGCACCAACCCGACCCGCAUCCGUCUCUAUGACGACCACAGCUUCGUUUCUCCUCAGCUCAAACUAUCCAGUCGUUUGGUGCACGUGAGUCUUUUGUUAAUUUAUUCUAGUGAAUUAAAUCAAAACCUGCAGCCAGUGAACUUUAUUUCAAAGACAAAAAUAAAAAAAAUAAAAACUCACCGUUUAUUCCUGCACGUAAAACAUCCGUAAGUAGCUUUUAGCACCGAAGAAAAUCUUUGCAGUAAAAUGUUGUAGAUGAAGGAUGAAGGAAGAUCAGUGGCUAGAGUGGAAAUGCAGGAUGGUUUGUUCCCCAGAUCCUACAGAACCAGACCAGAACCAGACCAGAACCAGCUGUAAAAGCAGAUAAAGUCCCUAAUCACUGAAUGCACCGACUUCCCGAGACUCCGCCCACUGUGGGAGGAGCUUCAUGUAACAUUUAAACCUUUUAAAUAAAGUUCAUUUAUUGUAUUGAAUCAGAUGCAACGUGCAGCCAGUAAAGGUUCUAGUGUGUGUGUGUGUGAAAGCUGAUAGAGUAGAAGAAAAGGGAAAGUUCAAGCAAACUUUGAUACGAACCGUGAGAAAAAUAAAAAAAAACUUGAGCACUGAGGAAAAUGUUUGCAGUGAAACGGUUUUAGAUGAACUGAACGACGUCCUGCUCGGUGCCUGGUUCUCGCCUCAGUGCGUCGAUCCAGAGCAGAACUGAAUGUAAACUUAUAACCUAUAACGUUAUAAAAUCGGUGGAUGCACCAACUUCUAAACGGGAUCCGAGGCUGCAAAGUAGUUGCUUUUGACAUAGUUAAACACUGGAUAGUUUUACUUAUUUAAAUCGAUGUUGGACUCAGACCCUCAGAUAAAAACAUCAGAGCCGGACACUUUGAAUACUUCACCCGUUUUCCUUCAGUCGACUGAAACAACCUUCACAGCUUCGCAGCUUCCUGUCGGUGCAGAAGCUUCACUGGACUCAAACCUGUGGAUCUGAGAGGACUCAACUUAUUCUCUUUUUAUUUUAUUUUAUUUUAUUUUUGCACAGACACGUGAACAGUGACUGCAAAGCUUUAGGUCUUUUUACAACUAUUAUUAUUUGAUGCACAAAGGAUCUGCUCCGGGUCACUUUGUGUCAUCAGGAGGAAUGCACUGUAAACCUGCUCCUUAAAUACUUCUUCUUCUUCUUCUUCUUCUUCUUCUUCUUCUUCUUCUUCUUCUUCUUCUUCUUUACUCCUAGUUGCAGUGGGGGCUGCACAGCUGAUUUACUUUAUUUAUAUCCUGCACUUUUAAUUAAAAAACAAACAGAAAAGCAAACAGACUUCAGACUCGAGUUCAGCUGCUUAAAUUCAUUUUAAAGAUUCAUAUGCUAACGAUGCUAAUAAGAGCUACUUUUUGCAUGAGAAAAAACAUGUAUAAAAUAACCUGCAGCUUAAAGAAAGUUCCAGAUAAACGAGUGGAACUUUUUUAUGUUUUUUUCCUUGGAUAUCGGCUGAUGACUGUGCAGCCCUGACUGUAGUGUCCUGCUGUUUUAUCUUCUUAAGUCUAAACGGAGGCUCAGUUAAAAACAUCCAGGAACUACUUUUCCAACCAGGGUUUUCAAAAUAAAGUAAGGAAUCCGCGUGUUUCCUUCCUUUUCUUCCACUGUUGCUGCUGAGGCUGCAGGUCCAGGUUCCAGCGUGUCGACUAUCAGCGCGUCCUAAGGGCUCGGGAGGUGGGAAAGAAAAGAAGGAGCGUUGUUUCGGGGUUUAGAGGAGCGCGACGGUAGCACAUCUAACAGAAAUGUUCUCAGGGGCCUCGAUGAGAAAGCCUUCUUCUUUUUUUUUUUUUUAAAUUCAUUUUAUUUCUGUUUAAAUAAGCAUUUGGAGGAAUGAGGUGAACGUUCUCUACCUCUCCACAGACACCUGCCUCUAAUCCUAAACGUCCCGAGUUACGUUUUGAUGCUGUCAAAGAUGUCUUCCUCCACUGAAUCAGCACCAGAGAUCUCGCUGUCCGCCCUCGUAGUUUCUCACCGUCACAACUCACCGUGCAUUCCUCGGCUUCGACUCGUAGGGCCUGGCUGUUCCUGACAUGUAGGGCCUGCUGUUCCUGACAUAUAGGGCCUGCUGUUCCUGACAUGUAGGGCCUGCUGUUCCUGACAUGUAGGGCCUGCUGUUCCUGACACGUAGGGCCUGCUGUUCCUGACAUGUAGGACCUGCUGUUCCUUACAUGUAGGGCCUGCUGUUCCUUACAUAUAGGGUCUGCUGUUCCUGACAUGUAGGGCCUGCUUUUCCUGACACGUAGGGCCUGCUGUUCCUGACAUGUAGGACCUGCUGUUCCUUACAUGUAGGGCCUGCUGUUCCUUACAUAUAGGGUCUGCUGUUCCUGACAUGUAGGGCCUGCUGUUCCUGACAUGUAGGGCCUGCUGUUCCUUACAUGUAGGGUCUGCUGUUCCUUACAUGUAGGACCUGCUGUUCCUGACAUGUAGGACCUGCUGUUCCUGACAUGUAGGGCCUGCUGUUCCUGACAUGUAGGGCCUGCUGUUCCUGACAUGUGAUGCAACUGAACCAUUUCUAAGAGUAUGCAAUUACAUACGGCACAUUUGUACGACGCUUUCACGACCUUGUCAUUCUUUCUUAAAAACACUGAAUCUCACUUUUGAAAUUGCAUUUCGUUCUCUCGUUUAGGUGUGUUUUAUUCUAAUGCAAAGGAUGUGAAGGAGUUUAAAAGCUGAUCAUUAUGCAUAUCCAGACCUGCUGGUGGUCCAGCUCCCAGGUCCUCGCAUCAAUGAAUCACGUAUUCAGUGGUUUGUUAAUUAACCAAGUGGCUCCUUAACGAAGCGAAUUGCUGUAUCUGACAGAGUUUGGGUGACUAGAUAUUGUGUGUGUUUGGGAUAUACUGUAAAUGGAGUGUUUAAAGUUUUUUAAAACACCGAUUUCCUUUUAGCAUCACUUGAAAUAAAUUGCAGUUAAAAAAUAAACUAAAAAA